AUGGAUCGGGCGCCGUUCAAGCCUACGCCCUCACACCAACACGCGAUGGAAGACUCUUCAUCAAGCGAAGCAGACACGGUUGCCCGCGAGGCUGCGCGAUGUCGUGGAGAGAACCGGGGCUUGCGGGCUCAAUUGCGGGUGCUGCGCAGCCAAUGCAUGGGCUCUGACCACAUGUCUGCAACCCUGCUGGAACGCUACCAGGAUGCGCGCGAGGAGAUACGGCAGCUGAGACAGCAGCUCAAGGCGUGUGAGUCCAAGACGAGCGCCGCCGCAGCUGUGCAGAAGCGCCUCAAAGUGGAUAAGAUGGCCAACCGAGAAGUGCACAGCACCAUCUGCGCCCGCCUCGUCGACGCAGAGAAACAGGUGUCUGAGCUGACGAACGAGCUGCACGACGCCAACGAACUGCAGCGAAAAUUGAGCGCGCAGCUCAUGCAGACGCGCGACAUGCUGGAGCGCGCAGAGAUUGCUAACGACAACCUCACCCGCGUCUACGAACGAAAAUGUGUCGAGUGUAACCAGCUCAAACGCCAGCAGGAAACCGCAAAAGCAUCAGCGAAGGAACAAAAGCAACUUGUUGAGGAGCUGCGGGCGGAGGUGGCGGCGCUUCAGGCGACAAACGCGACCAUGGAGCGCGCAAUGACGAAACUGCACAUCGACAACACCGCACUCAAACAACAACAACAACAACAACAACAACAACAACAACAACAACAACAACAACAACAUGAUGAUGAUGAAGGGAAACAACCUUCGGGCGCUGACGAGUGCGAGGAUCUACGUGCUGCGAUCACGCGCCUGCAGUCCCAGAACAAAACACUGGUCGAAGAAAAGGAAAAGCUGCUGCGGGAAGUUGACGAGACAGUGGAGGCGAUGGAGGCAUCACAGCGACAGAUGAGCCAGCGCUUUGCGCACCUCGAGGCUGACCUUGAGCGGGAGCGUGAGCGGGGGAAGCGGCUGGCGGCGAAUCUUGCUGAGGAGCAGCAGCGGGUGGCCAGGCUGCAGCGAGACACAAGGCAACAUGCUGGCGGCAGGUUCGCUGGCUCAGACCAUGACGACGACGACGAUGAUGAUGAUGAUGGCAACGAUGAUGAUAAUGACGAUGAUAAUGAAGGUCGUGGUGAGCACGGCGGUGGAUGGUGGAGUGGGCGCCAGCCGUCGCCAUCGACCGCAGCAAAGACAUCAGCAGCAGCACGCAGGGCGGCUCGGAUGAAGGGCAGACGGCGAGGCAACGGGCGGUCUCUGGAGCUGGGCCGACUCGUGGAGCACGAGAGUGAAGGCGACGAGGACGCUCGUGCUGGUGACACACGGCACCACCACCAUUACCACCAGCAGCAGCCAUCAUCCGCACACAACGACUCUGAUGACACGCAAGCGGACGCGGUGUCCGUGUCGGAUGCGCCACUGAGCCCUGGGGCGCUGGCGCGAUCUGCGCGUCUGCAGGCGCGGUCGCUGCGGGAAUCACACGGGCGCCCGUCCUCUGCUGGGGAGUCGUCGGUCGAGGACUAUGACCUGCAGGCAGCAGAGGCAGAGCUGCACCGCUUGGAGCAGCUCGUGCACAGCAUGCACACACACGACGCAACGCCGGGCAGUAGUGGUGAUGCUGCUGAUGGCGGUGAUGGUGAUGGUGAUGGUGAUGGUGGCAACGAUGGCGAAUAUGCAGAGGCCGCAGCGUCAGCACAGCACUCACAGCAGCAUCAACACUACCAACAAACUGGGGCGCCACCUCCAUCGGGACUGACAUCGUCGCCAUUGUCCACGUCCGCAGCCGGUGGCGCUGUGGACCCGGCGAGCACCGUGCACAUCGGGUUUGCGCUGGCCAACAGCCGCAGCCGCAGUGGUGACAGCAGACGCGGCGAUGGCAGUCACCGCAACACGGAUACUGCUGGCAUGGCGUUUGGUGACACGCUGUCGCUGUUUGAGCAGAAGUUGGGCGCGUUUCUUGGCACGUCCCCCCACCGCCCCGACACGACGCCAAAGUCACAUUGGACGAACAAGGGCAGCAGCAGCAGCACGCAAGAGCGUGCACAUGUCCAUGCUGGGGAUGACGCAAACUCAAGUGCAGACUCUGGGUUUGCCGGCAGUGGCAGGCGUAUGAGUGACAAGAGAGAACAUCAGGAACGUGCAGGCGCAGCACUUAUUUAUCAACAGAAGCGGCAGCAAAAGCGACAUAGCAGCGGGCAGCGGGAGGUUGGAACGUAUCACACCAGCCACCAGGCUGACACCACAACAUUCAACAACAACAACAACAACAACAACAACAACAACAACAACAACAACAACAAAUACACAACACGCACCACCAGUGCGGCCAGCUCUUCGCGCGCGGAUCGCCGGGAGAAACAGCUGGCGCAGCAGGGCCACCAGACAAUUGCACGCCGCGUGCUUGAUGUUGCGCGCUGGCUGAUGGCGUAUGCGAGGCAGUCCAACAGCUGCAAGGGCAUGUCUCAGUGCAGCUGCAAGCGCCGUGCUGGUGCUGGCCGGUGCAUGGAUGGCGUUGGUGAUGGUGGUGGCUGUCGAAGCGAGGAUGGCUGGGUGUCGUGGCCAGAAACGCUGCUGCGGCGGCGUUGGAGUGACGACGAUGCUGGUGCUGUUGGCGCCCCGCCCUCGCUGGCGCCACGCGACCGCCGCCGCCAGCGCACGGGUGCGCAGGAGCCAGAGGGCGAGACCGAAUGCACGGCAGCACGUGUUGCAUCGCAAGCGGAGACGGCGGCGGCGGCGUCUGUUGCGCGCGAACUUGAGCGGGCGCUGAGCGAAGCGCGGGCAGAGGUGGCGAGCUUGCGUGCAGACCUACGACUGGCGGAGUUUGAGAAGCGGGCGAUGCAGUCGCGCCUGGCACGGUCGCAGCGCCCCGCCAGCACAAGCAACACCACCAGCAGUGGCAGCGGCAACAACAAUAGCAGCAACAGCAGCAGUGGGUCGCCGUCGUGUCGCGGGUGCGAGCGGGUGGUGCCGCGGCUGCGGGCGGCGCUGAGCCGGGUGGCAGAGCAGCUGCUGUCGAUCCAGGAGCGCACACACGCGCUGGAUGCCAACGACCUCCACCUCCUCGAUGCGCUGCUCACCCAGUGCACUGGCCGCUAGCACACUGCGUGUGUAUUGUAUAUUCAGGCGGGCGCGUGUAUGGGUGUAUGCACGUGUGUGUUUGUGUGUCUGUGUCUGUGUGUCUGUGUCUGUGUGUGUCCGUGUGUGUGUCUGUGUC